AUGCCGUCUCUCUUGCGGACACUCCUGCUGGGAAUUUUCCUGGCAAGUUUGACCAGCGGCCAGAUUACUAGUCCGAACUAUCGCAUUGACGUUCAUUCUCAUGCCAUACCAAGCAUUUGGAAGGAUGCAAUGACUGCAGCGGGCUUUCAAGUAAAAAACGGCACUUUGUAUAAUGACGGUGUUCCUGUACCUGAUUGGACUCUGGACUCGCACAUUAGUGCCAUGGACACCCUUGGGGUUAAUUAUUCGACCAUCAGCAUCACUGCGCCUGGCGUUUCCUUUGUCAAGAACGCUGGCAAGGCCAAAUUAUUAGCCCGCAGCAUCAAUCUCAUACUUCAUGAGUACACUCAGGCUCACCCAACUCGACUCGGGGCACUCUGUCUCUUGCCUCUCCCUCACGUUAAUGAAGCGAUAGAGGAGCUGAAAUUUUGCUUAGACUCCCUCAAAUUCGUCGGCGUGGGCCUUUACACCAACGCCAACGGUGUGUACCUUGGUGACCCCGCACUUGGCCCUGUCUUCGCGGCCUUAGAUGCCCGCAAUGCCAGCGUGUUUGUUCAUCCAGCCUCUCCGACCUGCACAUCUGUCGCCUUAGGCUACCCUAUGCCGAUGACGGAAUACCCUUUUGACACUGUCCGUGCCAUAGAGAAUCUGCUACUAACCGGCCAGCGUGCGCAAUAUCCGGGCCUCAAGAUGAUCUUCGCACACGGCGGUGGUGCAAUACCCUAUCUGGCCACCCGCAUUGCCGGCAUCGCAACGCUUUCCUACGCCGGUGGGCUAGCAUUCACUGAAACUAUGGCGCAACUUACUGGAUAUUAUUUUGAUAUCGCUAGGGCAACCUCUGCUAUCCAGCUUACGGCCCUGAAGAGUUUUAUUGGGGCCAACAAACUUGUGACUGGAACUGACUAUCCCUAUGUUCCCCUGUCACAAGCACAGUCGGGCUUAGCUGGGGUCCAGGUAAAUGGUAAUUUUACCGAUGAGGAGAUGGGCUACAUCAAGUACCAGAAUGCUUUGGAAAUAUUUCCACGGAUUGCCAGUGCUUUGCAGCGGAGGUGA